CACAGAAAAAAUUCCUUCCUUUCCCAUCUCUCUCUCGUUUCAAAUUUAUCGUCACAGAUUCCUCUACAACGUCUAAUUUAUCUCUCUAAAUUCUGCAACAAUACGUAGAGCGCUCGAGUUCUCUGAAAGAGGGAAAAUCUAAAUUGAAUGGGACAGCAUUCGUUGAUUUACAGCUUUGUGGCGCGUGGGACGGUGAUCAUGGCGGAGUACACGGAGUUCACGGGGAAUUUCACUAACAUAGCUUUCCAGUGCCUUCAGAAACUUCCGGCUACUAACAACAAGUUUACUUAUGACUGUGAUGGCCAUACCUUCAACUACCUUGUAGAGGAUGGCUUCACAUAUUGUGUUGUUGCUGUUCAAUCUGUUGGCAGACAGAUUCCUAUGGCAUUUCUUGAGCGAAUUAAGGAGGAUUUCACCAAGAAGUAUGGUGGGGGAAAGGCUUCUACAGCUGUUGCUAACAGCCUGAAUAGAGAAUUUGGACCCAAUUUGAAGGAGCAAAUGCAAUACUGUGUGGAUCAUCCUGAGGAGAUCAGCAAGCUUGCAAAGGUGAAAGCUCAGGUUUCAGAAGUCAAAGGUGUGAUGAUGGAAAAUAUUGAGAAAGUUCUUGACCGUGGGGAGAAAAUCGAGCUGCUGGUAGAUAAAACUGAUAACCUUAGCUCUCAGGUGUGCAAACUCCCGUGCUUGUUUUCUUCCCGUGGAGAGCAUAGACAUUCUUUGUUACACAAAUUGUUUGGUGUUGAUUCUAAAAUGUGUACUCUCAUAUACCAUGAAAUGCAAUUUAUGCUAGCUAUGAUAAUGUUUGAACU